AUGGUUGUUAAUCAUACACAGGAGCACCCCGACAGAGGUGUAUCUGGGGUGGGGGCGGGCCUGGUCCUGUGUCGCUCUGUGGUCUCCCUGGCUGUGGUGGGAGCCAUCUUUGGCCUGGAGUUGCUGGUCAUAUCGCAAGUGAUUGAGGACCGGGACUCGGGCCGGUGGUGUGGCCUGGGGUCAGCUCUGGUGCUUGUGGCGGCGGCGCUGUCGGCAGGGGGAGUGGUGGUGUUGGUGUCUCUCCUCCGGCAGCAGGCCUCUCCUUUGGGCAUCACCCUUACCUUCUGGUGCCAGUUUACCGCAGUCUUCCUGCUCUUCCUCAACGGCAUGGCAGCGCCACAUCCAUCACAUGGCCCUGCAGGCACCACCUAGAGGCCACCUGGGGAAAUGCUAGAGGUGAAAGAGCACAAGGAGUCCAGCAGUGUCCAGUUACAGCAGUACGGCAGAAGGCAUUUUCAUGUUCCAAACACACAGACGUCACAGGAACAGUGAUUUCCUGCUGGGAUCAGGUUUAGGGUUACGCCCAGGGUUGAGGACUGUGGAGUAUAGUGGACAUCAGGACAUCUCUUCAUCCAUGGGUGUUACAGUGCCUGAGAUGUAACAGGGUCUUUUGGAAUGGAUCGGCUGUGUGUAUGAUUCCUCAAGGUCUUGUGCAUGUGCAGCUUGUUAAUAGCACAUACUGGGAACAGUAAACAAUGACUGCUGCCUGUCUAUAUGCUGUCAAAUCAUCUUCAUUGUUUUGUGGAAAUACAGCUCUGGAUUGUGUAGAAUAUAUAUUUUUUUACAACAUUUGUUAUUCUUAGUUACACUGAGCAUAGUAACUAAUGUGUAACUUCCUUUUAAUCCCUUGGCCUCAUAGCUACAUGAUGUACAGUGGGGCAAAAAAGUAUUUAGUCAGCCACCAAUUGUGCAAGUUCUCCCACUUAAAAAGAAGAGAGGCCUGUAAUUUUCCUAAUAGGUACACUUCAACUAUG